AUGUCCGAUAUCAUGACUCUGUUCACAGCAAACAUGCCAGCAAGUAUCUUCAAUCAGCUCUUCGAUGAGAGCCAGACGGCUGACAAUGCCUGUCCGUUUCUUACGCUUGUCCGUUAUCCUGAGCAGAAAGAGGUGGACGAAUGGGGAACGGAAGCGCCCAUUCAAGACUUCAAAACAGGAUUCCUAGGCAAAACAGACGACGAGCUCCGUCAGUACUUCCGUCGCUUCUUCUCGGAAAGACCACCAUCUGAACAAGGGAUGAUUGUGGAGAACUGGAUGGCAGUGCUAGACGACCAGUCGGCCGUGGACUCAACGACCGUGCUACACUAUGGGAUGAAGAAAUCAAUGUGGGAUGACCUACAUGAAUACGAGCCUGAUAAGGAAGUCUUCGGAGAAGGGAAGCUUUGUGAGGACGGGUAUAUCUGGUGGAAGUGGAGGGUCCCGUUCAAACACUCAUAUAGUUUUUUCAUUGCCGUCGAACACUGCGACUUUGAGAUUCUGGAGCUGUUGUGUCGCCCUGAACAUCGGUACUCCCAAGGGAUUGUUGAUUAUGAGACUUGCUGGAAGAUUAUUUGCGGGGAUAUCCGUGAUCCUUUGGGGAAGGUGGGAGGACAACGGGAGGCGUCGCCUGAAGCGUGA